CUCUGCGAACCGGGUCCCCUCCCCACAGCAACACGGCUUCUCUUCCUCAGCUCAGCGACAGGGGCUUCCCCUCAGCCGCCGCCGCCGCCGCCGCCGACGCCGCCGGCCGAGCCCCGCCGCGCCCGCGGCCCGCGGCCGCCAUGCAGUUUAUGUUGCUUUUUAGUCGUCAGGGAAAGCUACGACUGCAGAAAUGGUAUGUCCCAUUAUCAGACAAAGAGAAGAAAAAGAUCACAAGAGAACUUGUUCAAACCGUUUUAGCACGGAAACCUAAAAUGUGCAGCUUUCUUGAGUGGCGAGAUCUGAAGAUUGUUUACAAAAGAUAUGCCAGUCUGUAUUUUUGCUGUGCUAUUGAGGAUCAGGACAAUGAACUAAUUACCCUGGAAAUAAUUCAUCGUUAUGUGGAAUUACUUGACAAGUAUUUUGGCAGUGUGUGUGAACUUGAUAUCAUCUUUAAUUUUGAGAAGGCUUAUUUUAUUUUGGAUGAGUUUCUUUUGGGCGGAGAAGUUCAGGAAACAUCCAAGAAAAAUGUUCUUAAAGCAAUUGAGCAGGCCGAUCUACUACAGGAGGAUGCAAAAGAAGCUGAAACCCCACGUAGUGUUCUUGAAGAAAUUGGACUGACAUAACUCUCCUCCCCUGUUGAUGACUUCUUGUGGCAUUUCACACACUGUAGAUGGUCACUGCCUUCAUGUCCAUAUUAGCUAAUGGUGUAAGAUGACGUCAUAUCAGUAUUACUAUUCUGCUAAGCUGCUUCAUUCAGGCCUACAUAAUUUUUUUUUAAAGGGAACUUUGGUUAAUCAGGUGAUAACAAGGGAAUUAAUAUAAAUUAGAAUGAAUGCAGAAAAAGUUAACUUUUCUAUUUUAAAGUUUACAGGUCUGUUAAUCUGAUUAUGUGUAUCUAUGAAAAUGACACAGUCAGGCAUUACACCUUUAUUAAUUACUGUCUUUGGCAAAAAAAAACCUUAAUUAUGUGAAGUCUGGUUAUAGGAAACCAAAAACUAGUGCAGCAUUUCAGUAUAUAUGCAAAUAAAGGGAAGUGACAGGUCACAUAUCAAAUGAAUGAAAAUUUCACUCUGUUGAAACUUAAAAAACAAAAACAAAACCAAAUUUAUACCAAAGACCAUUAUUAGAAAGUAAAUACCUUAAAACAAAGGGAAACACAAAAGCCUAAAUUGGAAUGAUGCUGUUUUACAAUAAGAAUUUCUUAGGCAUUCCAGAUCUGUGAUGAGGAACAGAUCAGCUGUUUCAUAAUAGUAAGCACAUUAUUUUUAGGGCCAAGGAACAUUUUUUUGACUUUUGGUCAUAAUCAUUUAGUUACUUAGAUUAUUUUUGAUGCCCUCAAAAUAAAAUGGAAAUACUGACUUACCAGGGAUUCUUAAUAAUAGUAUCUUAUGGAAAAUGUGUUACUCUCUUCACGAAGUGUUGCAUAAGUCAUUGUUUAAAGCACUAAUACUCCAUCUGGGGUGCUUGUUAGAGCCAAAUUUCUUUUACUCCCCUACUGCUUCCCUCCACUUAGAAGUGCAGCAAACUUUUGGGCAGCUUCCUUCCCUUCCAUGGCACUGCCUGCUUAUUAGAAGUCAAAUAUAAAAACAAGACACCACCUUUAAUAUGAAAGUGUGAGCUGAAUGAGGUAAAAUGUUAUUAGUGGGCUCUAUAUUUUUUAAGGCUGUACAAUUGUUUCAGUGUCACUUUUAUACAUACUUCUUCUACGUAUGUAAACAUGUCUUCAGAGUUUACACUUUCAUUUGUAUCUGCUGGGCUGGAUUAAGCUUCGUUGUGAUUGUGACCAAUAUUCAGGCCACUCAAGCACUGUCUUAUUAUCACAUCGCCAGUUAGUUGUAAUAAAUGUUAAAUGUACACCACUGUAGUGUGUUUCUAUCUGUCUCUUUCCAAAAGCUUGUCAAACUAUAAAGAGCCGCUGAAGGAAGAAUUUAAAACGAUUUUUGGGUAAAAUGUUGGAAAUUCACCUCCACUUGAAUGUGGUGGUGGUUAAAAGCACACAGGAGAUAAAUGGUGGAAGAUUUAAGGCGUCUUCAUGUAUUUCAAGCUCAUCAAAAAUGUGGAGUCCAUGCUACUGAGAGCUUAUCUACACAUUUAUUUUCAAUAAAUGCCGCUUUAAAAACCA